GACAAGUUUUCCAGAACCCACCAGCGUUGCCCGAACUUACCACACUUCUCUGUUCUCGGCCACUAUCAUCCAUUUUCACCCUUUCUUUUCAUCUAAAUUACACAACUUGCCACUACCUUAGUGCCUUUCUUCUUCUUCUUCUUUCUUAUUUCUAUUUCUCCCACUCACUCUCUUCUCGUCUCGCGUAAUGUGAUGUAACCCAAAAUGGCUUCUCUUCAAUUCCGUUACGUUCUCUCUCCUCUCGCGCCCGCGCUUCCGCUAUUUUCCCGCACUUUCCCGCCUCGUUUUCCGGCAAAAUUGCGCGUUUUCUCCGGCGCGCGGAGGAGGCGCGUUCUCGCGAUCUGCUGCGCCUCGAAAACCGGUUCCCAGCUCGAGAGAGUCGCGGUUCCCGAGGACGAUGAACGGCCUCCGUUCGAUAUCAAUCUCGCGGUUAUUCUCGCGGGCUUCGCCUUCGAAGCUUACACCACUCCCCCUGAAAACAUGGGCAGGCGUGAAGUUGAUGCUGCUGGUUGCAAGACAGUCUACCUUUCUGAGGAAUUUGUUCAUGAAAUUUAUGAUGGUCAACUCUUCAUAAAGUUGAAAAAAGGGUUCAACUUUCCUGCCAUGGAUCCAUGGGGAACAAGUGACCCUUAUGUGGUCAUACAGAUGGAUUCUCAGACUGCUAAAAGCAAUAUCAAAUGGGGGACAAAAGAGCCAACAUGGAAUGAGGGGGUUACUUUUAAUAUUAAGCAGCCUCCAAGCCAACCUUUACAGGUUGCAGCUUGGGAUGCAAACCUUGUGACUCCUCACAAACGCAUGGGGAAUGCAGGUGUUGAUCUGGAAUGGCUUUGUGAUGGAGAUGUGCAUGAAAUUCUGGUCGAGUUGGAAGGAAUGGGUGGUGGCGGAAAGGUUCAGCUGGAGGUCAAAUAUAAAACCUAUGAUGAAAUUGAUGAAGAGAAAAGAUGGUGGAAGAUACCUUUUGUUUUAGACUUUCUAAAGAUAAAGGGUUUUGAUUCUGCAUUCAGAAAGGUUAUUGGUUCUGAUUCAGUACAGGCCCGUCAAUUUGUGGAAUAUGCAUUUGGGCAGUUAAAGUCUUUUAACAAUUCAUCUCUUCUGAAGGGUCAGAUGUCUGAUAUUAAUAAUGAUAAGCAUGACACUGAAGCUGCUUCUAUUUUCAAUUUUCCUUCUAACGAAGCUGCUAGUUCUGAAGCCUCUAGUGAAGCCUCUAGUGAAGCCUGCAGUGAACAGAGGAACUCAAAGGAAUUUCACAAACAUGAGAGUGAUGCUGAAAAUGGACAUGCUUCUGAAUCAUCAACAAAAUUUAGUGAGGAAGAGAUGUCAAAUCAAAUUUUUUGGAGGAAUUUUGCUAAUGUUAUUAAUUCUAAUAUUGGUCAAAAGCUAGGUCUUUAUGUGCCUGAGAAAUUUAAGUGGGAUGGAUUGGAGUUUUUAAACAAAAUUGGCUCACAGUCACAAAAUAUGGCUGAAAGCUUUUAUGUUCAAUCUGGACUUGCAAUACCUGAAGGCAAAGAUGAUACAAAUGAUAAAACAAGUGACCAAUCUACCAUUGCUGCAAUUCAGUCUUCACUUCCAGAGGUGAAAAAAGCAACACAGAAUUUGAUGAGGCAGACUGAGUCAAUUUUAGGAGGUUUAAUGCUUUUGACUGCAACAGUUUCCAAAAUAAAAGAUGAAGGGCUUUCUUCAGAAGAGAGGAAAAUUAAAGAAGAUUCUACCAAAGCAGGAGGUGAUGGUAUAGAAUAUACUUCUAGUCAGAAUUUUCCUAGCUCACAAAAUGGAUUAGUGUUAGAUGAUAAAAAAACUGAAGAGAUGAAAGAACUUUUUUCUACUGCUGAAAGUGCCAUGGAGGCUUGGGCAAUGCUGGCCACUUCACUGGGCCAACCUAGUUUUAUUAAGUCUGAGUUUGAAAAAUUAUGUUUCUUAGAUAAUGCAUCCACAGACACACAGGUUGCAAUUUGGCGUGAUUCUGCACGGAGAAGGUUAGUGGUUGCUUUUAGGGGAACAGAACAGUCUCAAUGGAAGGACUUGAGAACUGAUCUAAUGCUUGUGCCAGCCGGGCUAAAUCCUGAAAGGAUAGGUGGAGAUUUCAAGCAAGAGGUUCAAGUUCACAGUGGUUUUCUAAGUGCUUAUGAUUCAGUAAGGACCAGGAUCAUUUCUUUAAUUCGACUUGCAAUUGGUUAUGUAAAUGAUAACUCUGAGCCACUCCACAAAUGGCAUGUUUAUGUGACUGGUCAUAGUUUGGGUGGUGCAUUGGCAACCUUGCUUGCUCUUGAACUUUCAUCUAAUCAAUUAGUGAAGCGUGGAGCAAUUUCUAUUACUAUGUAUAACUUUGGUUCUCCUAGGGUUGGCAACAAAAGAUUUGCAGAAGUUUAUAAUGAGAGAGUUAAAGAUAGCUGGCGAGUUGUGAAUCACAGAGAUAUUAUACCUACCGUUCCUAGGUUAAUGGGUUAUUGUCAUGUAGAGCGACCUGUAUUUCUUGCUGCAGGGGUUUUGAGAAAUUCCCUAGAAAACAAGGAUAUUCUGGGAGAUGGUUAUGAAGGUGAUGUUCUCGGGGAAUCAACACCAGAUGUUAUAGUCAGUGAAUUUUUGAAGGGUGAGAAGGAGCUUAUUGAGAGGUUGUUACAAACUGAAAUAAAUAUAUUCCGCUCAAUCAGAGAUGGAAGUGCUCUGAUGCAGCAUAUGGAGGAUUUCUAUUACAUAACGUUACUAGAGAAUGUAAGAUCAAAUUACCAAGUUGUCUCAAGGUCAGAACAGGAUCAAAACUAUAGCAUAUAAUAAACCAAGGGUCUGCCCUUACAAGGCUGAACAGCAGAAGUCUUCCAUGCUCGACUUGAAGUAUGUUUGAGCAUAUAUUUAUUUGAGGCCACUUUUAUUGCAGCCAAUUCUUUACUGGCAUGCGAGCAAGAUGGCAGCAAUGCAGUAUAUUCAGUAUAGUUUGCAAAUGGAGCUGAAAGGAAUGAUGAGUUGCUGGCGACUGCAAGGAACGAAAAUUCCAAACAAAAUUUAUAGUUUUAGUAUUGUAGUUAUUUGCCUUGUGAUGAUAGAAAUUGAUGUUAUAGCAUGCGUGACGCGUCAAAUAGUCAAAGAUAGACUUGUAGUGUGUCAUGUCCAAUUAUUGUUUUGAACUCGAGCAUUUAUAGUCUCCCAAAAUGUAACAUGCUGUAAAUAUGCUUAUAUCAAGUGUUUUCAUUCUUUUUCUUGGGACUAACAUUUUUAUUGGAUUGUGUUGUAUUCAUUAUAUAAUGUUGAAAGAUUCGGUUAUUGUUGAGAUGAA